UCUAUUGGCAACAUUUUUUAGAAACGUCAAGAAGACAGUAGAAAGGUCGUUGAUUUCUGUGAGAAAAAUAUUUAUUUCUUAAAUAAUAUCUUGUUAGUACAAUGGCACAAGUGGAAACCGGUCAAUCUUCAGAUGAAGAGCCAUUGAAGAAUGUUUUCGACCAAGCCAUGAAGUUGUUCGACAAUAUAGAAACCGGCAAAGAUGCUACCAACAGCGAUCAAGUUCAAUUAAGCAUAAAAGCAGCAAUAUCAAAGUUUGAGAAGUGCACAAAUAUGGUGUCUAUGUCGGGCAUGUUCAGCCAGAAUGAGAGCAUCGAGGAGCUCCCCACAGAGACACUGCAGUACCUCCUCCUGCCUGCACUGCUCGGAACUCUCAGCUUAAAGAUAUGUAACCAGCCAAGGAAACAAGUUAUUGAUGUUGCUGAAAUAUAUUUUAGGGACUUUCUUCAAAGGUGCAAAGACUAUGGUGUUACAAAUGUGGAGAUUCCUCAGCCUGUAGAAAAUGGUUCUACCAGUGUAGACCGCCCUCAGAGUGAACAGGCCAAAAUAGCUAACAUGGUAAUGACAAGAGAGGCAAAAAUCAAAAGGUAUAAAGAAGGAAAGGAGCUCCAAGAGAAACUUAGUACAUUAACAAAGGCCAUGUCGUCACCCAAUGUGGAUGAUGAGACAAAGAGAGAAUACUUUGUCACUCUGCUACUGAACUAUGUAAAUCAGGCUCUGGACGAAUUGAACAGUAUUGAGCAAGAGAAACCAAUAUUGGAAUAUAUGGCAAAACAUGCUGGUGAACCAACUCGUAAAGAGAAGCCGCGCGCCACACCGCUAAAGCCGGUAAUAAUAACGCGCGAUGCGGUGCAGAAGGCUGUGUAUGGCGCUGGGUACCCCGCUAUACCUACCAUGACCGUCGAAGAGUUCUAUGACCAGAGGGUUCGGGAGGGCACAUUUCCAGCUGCCUCAAAUAUACCACACACAACCAUACAGAGUACAGAUAAUGAAGCGGACGAGUUGGAAGAAGUGCGGAAAGAGCGCCUGGUGGAGGAAGACGACCCUGAAGAGUUGGAGAGGCAGCGCAACAUGGACGAGUAUAAGGACGACCACCGCCGCGGCUGGGGCAACCGCUACAAUAGGAGCUAACUCACCUACCUACCGCCUGUGCGGGGAUAUUCACAAUAUUUCGUAUUGCACCAUGAAUUUGGAUUAUAUUGAGACGGAAUACAGAAUUAUAGUAUUCAGUGAUUGAUACAAGCAGAUCUUGGAUAUUUUUUGUAUUUGCUUAGGGUGAAAGUGAACAGAAAAAAACAGAGACAUUUAAAUUACUGUCAGAGUAUUAUUAUUUUUGUUAAAAUGUAAGCCGGUAGGAACUUGAAUAUUGCGGUGCUCAUAUUAUUCUUUUAUGUUUUAAGAUUUGUUGAAAAUAAUAUAGUAACGCGAAAUAUUAAGUAUCCGCGUUAUUGAUAUUUAUGACGACUUUAGCAAAGCCAACGAAUACGGCUUAAAUUCCAAUUAUAGUAAUUCGUAUGUCCAGCUUAAUAAAUAAGGUUGAUUUUUCCUUGCCCUAGGAUGUGAAGAUAUGAUUAUUGGUUGAGACUUGAGAGUAUCACAAAUAAAUACUUUAUUUAAAUAUUAUGAAUAUCCCUGCAUGCAUAUUUAUACAUUUGUAACGCAAUAAUAAAAUGAUAACUUGUAUUGUUAUAUAUUAAAUAAAAUGAAGUCG